AUGGCGGGCGCCGCGGCGCCCGAGGCCUGGCCCGAGCUGGACCUGGCGGAGCGCGAGCGGCGGCGCGAGCUGCUGCUGAGCGGGCCCGGGCUGGAGGAGCGGGUGCGGGCGGCGGGCGGGCGGCUCCCGCCGCGGCUCUUCACGCUGCCGCUGCUGCACUGCCUGGAGGUGAGCGGCUGCGGCAGCCUGCGCGCGCCGGGGCCCGGCCUGGCCCAGGGCCUGCCGCGCCUGCACAGCCUGGUGCUGCGGCGCAACGCGCUGGGCCCGGGCCUGAGCCCCGGCCUGGGCCCGCUGCCCGCGCUGCGCGUGCUCGACCUGUCCGGCAACGCCCUGGAGGCGCUGCCGCCGGGCCAGGGCCUGGGCCCCGCCGAGCCGCCCGGCCUCCCGCAGCUGCAGAGCCUCAACCUCAGCGGCAACCGGCUGCGCGAGCUGCCCGCCGACCUGCCCCGCUGCGCCCCGCGCCUGCAGAGCCUCAACCUCACCGGCAACUGCCUGGACGCCUUUCCCGCCGAGCUCUUCCGGCCCGGCGCGCUGCCCCUGCUCAGCGAGCUGGCGGCCGCCGACAACCGCCUGCGGGCGCUCAGCCCCGACGUCGCGCACCUGUCCGCGCUCAAGACGCUGGACCUGGCCAACAACCAGCUGAGCGAGAUCCCCGCCGAGCUGGCCGACUGCCCCAAGCUCAAGGAGAUCAACUUCCGCGGGAACAAGCUCCAGGACAAGCGCCUGGAGAAGAUGGUGGGCAGCUGCCAGACGCGGUCCAUCCUGGAGUACCUGCGCGCCAGGGGCCGGAGCCGGGGCCGGGCCGAGGGCUCCGAGAAGGAAGACGGCCGGAGGCAGCGGCGGGAGCAGCGGAAGCAGCGGCGGGAGAGCGGCGAGGGGGAGGCGGCGGCCGCGGACACGGCCCAGCUGCUGCUCCGGGUGCUGCGGGUCUCGGAGAACCCCACGCCCCUGACCGUCCGGGUGAGCCCCGAGGUCCGCGGCAUCCGGCCGUACUUCGUGGGCGCCGUCGUGAGAGGCAUGAACCUGGAACCCGGAAACGCGCUCAAGCGCUUCCUCAGCUCUCAGACGAAGCUCCACGAGGACCUCUGCGAGAAGAGGACGGCAGCCACCAUCGCCACCCACGAUCUCCUCGCCGUGCGGGGACCCCUGCUCUACGCGGCCCGGCCGCCUGAGGACCUCAAGAUCGUCCCCUUGGGGCGGAAAGAAGCCAAGGCCAAGGAGCUGGUGCGGCAGCUGCAGCUGGAAGCUGAGGAACAGAGGAAACAGAGGAAGAGGCAGACGGUGUCGGGACUGCACAGGUAUCUGCACUUACUGGAUGGGAAGGAAAAUUACCCUUGUCUCGUGGAUGCCGAUGGAGACGUGAUUUCUUUCCCACCAAUCACAAACAGCGAAAAGACAAAGAUUAAGAAAACGACCUGUGAUUUGUUCUUGGAAGUAACGAGUGCCACCAGCUUGCAGAUCUGCAAAGACAUCAUGGACGCCCUGGUGCUGAAAAUGGCAGAAUUAAACAAAUACACUUUAGAAAACGAAGAGGAAGGAGCGCUCUCCGAUGCAGAAGCAGACCCCUCUGAACCACCUUCGGAUUCCCAGAGGAACCCGCACUCUGGCAAGGAUGGGCAGCGCCCCCUGGUGGUGGAGCAGGUCCGCGUGGUGGACCUGGAGGGGACCCUGAAGGUGGUCUACCCGUCCAAGGCCGACCUGGCCGCCGCCCCGCCCCGCGUGACCGUGCUUCGCUGACGCGCCGGCAGGCAGGCAGGCACACACGGGCCGGCCGUGGCUUUGGGGAGGGGUCACCAGGUGCCUUUUCCCCCGGGUGUUUGUAAGGUGCCUGUGUCCUUUGCUCGGCUUCCAGGUGGUUGUGUAAAGUGACAUCACUAACCCA